CAUAUAUACGCUGUUCUGAAGAAAUUCAGAAAUCAAGAAAUAAUAGCAUUACCAACAUUCCAAGAAAGAGGGGGAUUUCAACUAGCUAUACACAGUUAUUUCACGUGAGAGGAAGACGCUUUUUAUGGAUAGCCUAACAACAACAACGCGAUGUGCCAAAUGCGAAGAAUUACAACGGCUGUACCUUUCAGCGCUCAAAGACAAGCGAACCAUUUUAGUUCGUCUUCAAAACGAGCUUGAACAAGGGAGAAAGGUUAAGGAAGAGUUGGAUGCAAUGAGAGGACGAGAAAGACAAGCUACGGAACAAAAACGAUUGGUCGAAAACACCUCGGCGUUAAGCAGUGCAAAAAAUACGUUUACCAAAGGAUCAGAGCUGGAACGAAGGUUGGCCGAGGCUAUGAUGGUUAACAGAAAAUGGAAAGAAGAAUAUGAAGAACUUAAAGAAAAAUUCAAAACAGAGACUACAAAACUACAGGAAGAAGUAAACACCUUAAGAAAUAAAGUUGAAGAGAGCAACACACAUAUUUAUGCUCUCGAGUCAGAAAACAUGAGACUUGCACAGGCACUUUCUGGAAGAGAAAUCGCUCGACCUCCUAGUGAUAACAAUUGCGAGGAAUCACAACUCAUAAAGUUUCAAAUGCAAGCAUACAAAGAAGACUUUUCUUGUGAGAGGAGAGACCGAGAAAGAGCGCAAAGCGAAAAGGACAAUCUUCAGGAGCAGUUAAACAGCGCUCAAGAGAUUAUUUCAACUUUAACUGAAGAGAUUGAAGUGUACAAAACACAACAUGAAGGUGAUCAAGAUGAAAUCAGACGUCUAAUGAACAGACAAGUGGCUCCCCAACCUCAGCUUCAAAUUGUUUAUCCUGUUAUUGAUCAAACAGAACAGACCCAACAGAAGAGACGGAGACAACAACAACAGAGAAGGGGUAUCUACACUAGAGGUCCAACCCUUCCCCCACCAAGUGUCUUCUAUGGUGGUGACGUAGAGGUUGAUCAAGCUGAUGGUGGUACACCAAUAAUUUCAGAUGGCUAUCACACAAUAUAAAUGAUUUUUAAAGAACAUGAGAUGUAUUUAUCUAUAGAUAUGAUACUCUAAGAAGAUGUUAUCCAUAUUGAUAAUGUAUGGUGGCCUUUUUAGAUUUUUUUUGUUAUAGUUUGUUUUCAUUAAUCCAUAGCUAAAAUGUGAUGUGUAACAUUAGCUCCCAUUAUAACAUAUGUAGUACUUUUGGUUGAGUUUAUCAUUCCAUAAAAUCAGGCAAAGUAUAGAAACGGAAACUGUAUGUAAAAAUAUUUCCAAGAACAGUAUAAAUUUUUGUGAUUAUAAUUUUUUCAUCGAUUUUAUAUUCAAUUUGAAUGGAAUUUCCUAAGUUCAGUAACCCUUUGAUAAAUUAUUUGGUGAAAGAACUAAAGAAUUUCAUUCAUAUAUCAAUUACAGUUUAAUAAAAGGUACUCUAAAAUAUGUAUUUUUAAGAAUAUUGUCCAAAAUUAAGUAUUUAUUUAUGAAUACAUAGAAUAUAUUAUAUAUAAGCUUACAAAGUAUAACUUUAUUUAAAUAUUUUACAAUGGAAAUGGAAGAAUGAGAUUUGAAAAUUGGAAGUCUCAAAGAAAUUAUUAUGUAUUAUUAUCAGUUAUAGUUGAUUGAAUACAUUACAUUCACUAUAUAUAUAUAUAUAUAUGAAAUACUUUGCUGAAAAGGUUGUAAAAAAUCAUAGAAGAAAAAAGUAGUUUUUAGUUGAAAACAUUUAAAACAUGAAGAAGUACUAAUGGAAUACAAUGCAGUGCUAAAUAGCAUAAUAUACUGUAGAUACUGUAGAUUAGACAAUUAAAAACAAAAUAUAAUUUAACACCAUUUAUUCUUAAAAGUUUUCAUGUUUUUAAUGUUUACACUCUAUUAAGCAAUAAUUAAUAUGUAUUUUUUUAUUAAUUUGGAAAUCAUUGAUGGCUAUAGUAGAAUUCAUGUGUCAAAAGAAGGGAGUAAUAUAGACUAGAAGGAAAUUGUAUAGAGGAAGUUGCUCAUUAAUGGAAAAAAUAUAUCAAUUUAGACCUAAUUGUUACUUUUCAUACUGUCAUGUAAUAUAGUAAGUUGGUAUACAGGUUUAAUAUGUAAAAAAUUUCGUUUGAUGUUAAGGUGUUUUAAACGCAUAAUCAAUUUACAUUACCGAAUUCUUUGAAUUUGAAAAGCCAUCACAUAUACUGAUGUAUUCAUUUUUAAUAAAAGUAUCUAUUCAAUAAUA